AUUGUCGAGUACAUCAGUACGGCUGUCUUCGCCCUGGACUUCAUGCUCAAGUUCACCACCAUGUACAUCGACCCGGAAUCCGGAGUGCUGGUUGGGUCGCGGAGGAAGAUCGCCAGGCGCUACGUAAGCAGCUGGCAGUUCUACCUGGAUCUGAUUGGCUGGUUUCCUUUGGACUGGAUCACCAUCGACACGGCUGCGGCGAUGGGGGCAAGUGAGAGGACGCUUGUGUGGCUGGCGUGGAUAAAGCUACUCACGCUGGUGCGUAUGUAUCGCGUCUUUGAGCUGUUCGCGAACCUCGACUAUCGAAUGGUGCUCAGCCAGGGUACUCUGCUGCUGACGCGCAAUUACACCUACGUCUUCUUCAUCACGCACUGGGCUGCAUGCAUCCUGUACCACAUCGCCUCGCACCAGAACUUCUCGCACGACUCCUGGGUGGGCCGCAAUGCGGAACGCUUCAUGGGACGGCCCGUGUACGAAAAGUACCUGCUGUCGUUGUACUUCAGUACGAGCGCAUUCACCGGCCUAGGAGACGCGGCACUGUUCGCAUCUACCGUGCCGGAAGCGGCAUUCAUGGUGAUUUACCUCUUGUUCAAUCUGUUCCUUGGCGCCUACAUUCUGGGAACGGUGACUAUGCUGGUGGUCAAAGGUGACGAGCGCAGUAAGGCCUUUCGAGAACGCAUGAGCAACCUCAAUGAGUUCGGUAGAAACAACGACCUGCCCGAGCGGCUGCAAUCAGCCAUGCAGGAGCACCUGGAGGUGACCUUCAACACCGAGCAGAUCGACGACGAGCACGUGCUGGGCAUCUACCCAACCACCAUCCGUCGCAAGGUGCUACGUCACCUCUACCUGCACCCCGUACGCAGCUGCUACCUGUUCAAGGGCUGUAAGCAGCGCUUCCUGGACGCCCUGCUCACCGUCGCGCGUGUGGAGCUCUUCAUGCCGGGCGUGCAGCUACUUACCGAGGGCGACAACGUCACCGAACUAAACAUCAUUGUCUCUGGGGAUGUGCUGGUGGCGGAAGCGGGCAUCAACCUCAGUGCGGCUUUCAGCCAGAGCGCCAGCGGCGACCCUGGCGGCUCGGUGAGGGGCUCCAUGAUCAUUCCGGGCAGCAGCCACUUGAAGCGCAGCUCUAAGGCCACGGAACUGACGCAGCUCACGGAGGAGCAGCUGCGUACUGCGCUUCAGUACGGCAAGGGCCGGCACAAGGCGGUGUUCAAGCAGGAUGCGGCGCCGCCCAUUGACUUGACAGGUUCGAACGGAGGUUGUGGUUCCCUACGUCUGCGCACCUUUGAGUUCCUGGGCUGUGCGUCCGACGGCGACAUAGAGACGCUGCGCGCCAUGCUCAACCAGGGCAUGAACCCCAACAGCUCGGACUAUGAUGGUCGUACGGGGCUGAUGUUGGCGGCGUCCGGCGGGCAUGAGGUGAUCUGUACAACAUUAUUUGUAACUGGGUGUGACAGCCGGAGAAUUCACGCAUUUGGCAACUCGGCCAUGUGUGAGGCCGUCAAGAAUGCGCACGACAACGUCAUCGAUGUACUGCUCAGUUACGGCGCCACCCUUGCCAUGGACCCCAUGGCUGUCGCCAGUGUCAUGUGUACGGCAGUGUACGAGGGCGACUUGGUAAAGCUUCGUCGUCUUCUCCGCUCCGGCGCCCCCCCCGAUGCGUGUGACUACGACAAGCGGUCCGCGCUGCACAUCGCCGGCGCGGAGGGCAACCUGGCGGCUGUCAAGCUGCUGGUGGAGGAGGGCGGCGCGGAUCCCAACUUCCAGGACCGCUGGGGGAACACGGCACUGGACGAGGCGAGGAGAGUGGGGGCCGCGCCGGUGUUGGCGUACUUGGAGGGUUUGCUGGGUUCGGACAAGCUGGCAGGCUCCGGGGUGCGGUACCGGCAUAAGGUGGCGACGGACUUCCUGUCUGCGUGUGGCACGGGGGACGUUGCGCGUGUGCGCUACAUCGCGCAUAACUCCCAACCGGGCUGUACAUUCACCGGGCUCGUGCUGGCGGCAUCUAAGGGCUUCAAGGUAAGAGAGUGCCCUAGGGAACACUAG